UCCUAUUUUACCGACAGCGGUGUUUGCCCUCGGUGGCUUUAUUUUUCCAGCCGCAGCGGUGUCCGUCGGGGCCGGUGCUGACGUGGAGCCAGAGCGAAAUGAUUUUCAAAUUGAAUUUUUGAAAUCUCGUUUGCGUUUCAUCUCGCACACACACACCCCCCUCUACUUUUUGAGCUGUCUGUUGGGGACGGAUGCAUGCGUCUGAUUUUCUUCCAGGCCUAUCUAACCAGAUCUCUGCAGAGAGGCUCCAGAGAAAGCCCAGCGGUGCUCCAGAGAGGCUUUGGAGACAUCCAGGACUCUGGAAGGGCUCUUGGGCAGACCUGGAAAAGCCCCGUUUGUUGGUGGGAAGGAGGGUUUGCCUGCCAGCUAUGCCCCAGCUGCUGAUCCGAGCAGGGCAGAUCAGCUGUCAUGCUUCGAUCUCUGCACCCAGAAGAGGACUCCGCUACCAAAGUCAUCGUUUCCAGCUAGAUGCACCCGAACCGACCAGCUGCCAUGGAAACGGGCUGCACGGAGGAGCCUGCCCGGACCAGGUCGCCGUCGGUGAUCUGCGGGCAGCAGGAGGGAAGCGACCAGCAGCGGGAGGAGAAUGGGGACCGGCUGCCCGAGCGGGGCAAUGCCUCCGUCGCGGCUGCGGAGCCGCAGCAGCCUCAGCCGCCCCCCGGCAAGCUGAAGAAAACGGCUUUCAAACUGUUCGGAGGGAAGAGGAGCAUCUGUACGCUGCCCAGUUUCUUCGGGGGCAGAAGCAAAGGCCAGGGGAAAGUAGCCUCUAAAAAGGGCCUCAGUAAAUGUAAGACCCACGACGGGCUCAGCGGUGCUGCAUACGACAAGGGCGACGGGGUGCAGCUGGAAAGCCCUUCAGAGGGGAGCAGGGACUCGCAUCCUUGCCCUUUGCCGAGCUCCCAAAGCGCUCACUUGGCCAUAGACGCCAGCGCCAAGUUUGAUUUCGGCCAGCAGGACAACUCUCCACCCGGGAGCAUUGAGGGCUGUGAGAAAAAGCCCAACGGAGAGAAGUCCUCCUUUCCCAGACCCAAAAAAGGCCUGAAAGGGUUUUUUAACAGCAUCCGGCGUCACCGCAAGAGCAAGGUUGCUGAGUGUGAGAAAGCAGAGCUCCCCGAGUGGACCGGGGAUUCGGAGGAGGCCAGCAAAACUCCUGGUGUGGCAGCGGAGAGCCGAGGGGCCGCGGAGGGAAGGGGACUGGGACCUGUCCCUCUUGCCGCAGCCUGCCCGGGGAGCUCGGAGGAUGACCACUCGGUAGGCACAGCUGCCAACUGUGGUGAGGCUGCCGAGCCCGGCUGUCUCGUGGCUGAUGAAGGCAACUCUGAGGGUGACGCAGUGGCGAUGCCAGGGAAGAGGGACGUUCUGGAUACGAAAUCAGAGGCUGACGCUGUUGUCUGCACGGAGUUCGACCAUGGCAAUCUGCUGCUGGCCUUUCAUCCGGACUUCAUGGACAACGACCCUCCCUGCCUACACUCUGGGGACCUGUUAAGCCUCAUCUUAGGAGACGUCACCUCCCUGAAGAGCUUCGAUUCCUUGACGGGGUGCGGCGAUGACAUUGCUGAGCCCGACAUCGCUGAGAGCACUAUCUCUGUGGAGCGCAGCAGAGAUGCUGCUAAGCGGAGCUCCUGCCUGGUCACCUACCAGGGCGGUGGGGAGGAGAUGGCCAUACCCGAGGAGGCAGAGGAGUACCUCCACCAGAUUUGGAAUGGCAACACGGCAGGGGACAGGAGCUAUGGAGCCCAGGUGUCGAGCAGCAGUUUAGAGACACAUGCCUCGCACGAGGUGGAAGCCCACCCCUACAUGGGGGACGCGAUGGACGGCGUUGACCUCCUGACGCCGCAGAGUGACCAGCAAGAGUCCGCCCCUAAUAGCGACGAGGGUUAUUAUGACUCCACCACGCCGGGGCCAGAGGACGAAGCCGGAGAUGGGCUCAGUGAGAUCAAGAAGGACCGGCUUCCCAGAGACAGUUACAGCGGUGAUGCACUUUAUGAGUUUGACGCGCUGAUGAGUCCCUCUCACGGGGAGGAAUCCCUGUUUGAGAGCAAAGUCUCACGCCCGGGGAUCUUCAGCUACUUUUUGGACUUCUGCCUCCCUGCUGAGAAGAGCCUGAUCCAGAUGAUGGAUCAGAAAAGAGGGCUGAUGGAAACGGAGGAAGAGCGGCUAGCAGCCAUUCAGAAAGAGCUGCUGUACUGGGAGCUGCAGAGGGAACCGGUCUUGAAACGACUUGAUGUUCCCAGCAAGGAGAAGUGUCCCCGGGAAAAGCAGUGUGUUGAAUGUAAAACCAGAGCAGCCAACUCAGUCGGCAAGAAUCCGAGUGGCCUUGGUAGUGAGCAGGUGGCCUCGCACGCCCCGAACAGGGGUGUGAAUAGUGGGGUUUCAGUGGCUAGAGCUGAAAAUCCAGAGUGGAAAGAUUUUCCAGGAACUCUGUGUCCAGAAAACUGUUACAACAGCCAAAAAGCCCAAGGAAGUUGCCUUAUUCAGCUCACGAAGAACAACCCGGGGUUCGAUUCAGACCCGGAUCGUGGGUUGUUUGGGGGCUCUAUCCACGGCGGCGUAGCCCCAGCCAAAGCAGGGAUGUUCCCCGGCUACAGACUCCCAGAGCACGAGCGUAGCGGCGGAGCGGAGACCACCACCGGCAAGGCUCAGGUGGGCAGCGAACGCGAGCCCGAGCAUGCCGUGAGCUUCUCGCAAGCGCUGGUGGAGUUCGCCAGCAGCGGGACCCUCUUCUCCAGCCUCUCCGAAAGUCUGGGGAGCUCUGCCUCCGGCUCUUCCUUCACCCAGAACCUCCCUGCCCUCCCCACCAUGGUCACCUUCGACGUCGUCGACGUGGAGCAGGAAGGAGAAGGGGAGUGCGAGCGGCAUCCCGAGAUGAACGCCGGCGAGGACAUUGCCGAGGCCUUUGACGACGGCUACGGACGGAAAGAGUCAUUGGCAGAAUGUGACGAGAGAAUGUCCCCGGGGUACCCCCCGGGCUCCUUCCAGAGCUGCAACUGGGGUGUUGCCAGCCUGCCCCGCCACCUGCGCCUCCACGGGCUGAGCCCCUCCAUGCCGGCGCCGCUCUCCGUCGACCGGAGGAGCCGGUCGCUUGACACGGAGAGCCUGGAGUUUGAGCUUGCCGACUCGCAGGUUGCCAAGAGUGGCCCUCAGCCCUGCCGGCUCUGGUCGAAGCGGGAGGGUGGCAAAAAGGACUCGGGCGGAGCGAGGAGGAGCAGGAGCAAGGAGGAGGGCGAGCUGUCGGCUCCUGACGGCGGGUUGAGCUGGCCGGGCUUGCAGCACCUCCAGCACGACACCGACACGGCUGCCGGGGGGAUGAAGCACUGGGGUUUCGCUCCGGCCACCGCAACGGAGAGUGCCUGGGAGCCGUCGGAGCAGCCGGGCACCGUGUCCCCUUUCCUGUCUCUUUCCCGGAGCGUCGCUGGAGAGGCUCCGGACAGGCGGCCCCAAGAGCCGGAGCUGAACAGGCACCCGCUCAGGCCCUCCAAUUUACCUCUGCAGACCGACGCGAGGCGGUCCCGGGAGGCGGCCGGUUCCUACAGGUCCCACGGAGAAGCCACCGCCAAAAAGCUGGCCCGGUUGUUGCCCUUGGGAGAAACCGAGCCCGAGCUGCCCCUGAGCAGCUUUAGUUUCGCUUGCUCCCCGGAGAAACGUGCCAAGUGCAAACCCGUCGGCAUCGCCCAGGGCAUGCCUCAGCAUCCCGACGGCAGCACCGACACCGUAAAAAGCCCGGAGCACUGCGGAGAGCCCCUGAAAGGCAGAGCCACCCCCGGCCACGCGCUGCCUGCCGGCUGCCGGAGCGCUGCGGUGAACGUCACCGAAGCCGAAUAGCUGCUCCGGGGAGGGAGUGGAAAGGGUUGCGAAGGGCAGGGAGGGAGAAAAAGAACGUUAACGAGCAAUUUGUGAGUGACUUGAAUUUAGACCUGGGCUGAUAAGGAUGAGCUCCUCUCCCGCAGCCGUGGUACGUGGUCUUGCCGCUGCGGAUGCUCCGGCCGGGGCUCAGAGCUGCCUCUGGGAUUCGUAUGUUAACGCUGAGGCACUUUCUUGUUUUCCAGCACCAGCCGCCACGCUCUCGAAUGCCAAGUGCAGUAGCAGCCCCCGGCACGCACUCACGUUGCUGCUAGAAUAAAAGCUGGGAACGGACCCGUUGCUAGUGUGGCAGGUUUGGGGUUUUUUUUCUGCAGGACUGGAGCUGGGGGAGCAAGCCUUGGGGAAACUUGAGAGAAACCAGGUUUUUUCUUCCUCUUCUCGGUGAAAUGUUUUGGUUCAGACUCACUUUGAAUGUCUUCCAUCUUGGUCUCGAUUUGGGGAGGCUGGGAGGAAGGACACUGGUUAUUUCCAGGGCAAGGACGGGAGGCGAGUCAGCUGAAAGGGGAACUUUGCAGUAACAUUUUUAUUUAUUAUUUUUUUUUCCCUUGCCUCAAAGGAAAGCAGGAGCUUUUGUGCGCGUGCCGAUAACGUUUUCUAGGUCUAGUUUUAAUUUGCUUAAAGGUAACGCGCUCGGAGAGAUGUGCUGUCGAUGGUGUCCCUUUAAAGAACAAAGUGUCGGUCCCUUCUUUGUCGUGGUCUGUCUUCACAGUGUGUAAUUCCCUGUUGAAAUGUUUCUUGUGCUUUGUCCCACGUCCCUCGCCUCUCCCGGGCCAUGGGCACGUGGACGAGGUCUUUGAAAUAAGCUAAAUUUGCAUCGUGCCUGUAGCUGUGAAGUUGCAGAUGCUGUUACUUUCUUCAAAAGGAAGUUUUGUGGGUUUUUUUAUUAUUAUUAUUUUACAGUUGGUUUUUUUGCAUAAACUCCUAUGAGGAAAGUAUUCUGCUAAUUAGAAUACAGGAUGUAAGGCAGCCUAAAUUAGGCUUCAUGACUUCUUCCUCCUAACUGGAGGGAACAAAAAAGCUGGAGGUUGCUGCAGGUUUUGGAUUUCUUUUUCCUCUUUGAAGGAGCGUGGAGGAGGGACACGAGCUAAGGAGACACUUUGUCUGAGGAGGUCCUACGAGCUCCUGGAAACAUCUAUUUCAGGCCGUUGGUCCUUGAGGUGUCUCCCACGUCCUCCGUGAUCUCAAACACGCUUGUCUCUGAACCAAACCUCCCUGUCCGUGACUUACAAAGCUUCUUCCUCCUUCUGUCCAAGCUCUAUAUUAUGAUUUUAAUUCAGUUACCGAUGAUGAUUUUUGUGUCCCCCCCACCCCGAGUUGCCCCUUUUCUGCUUUUCUUUGCAGCAGAGUUUGUAGCAUUAAAAAAAAAAAAAAAAAGAAAUAAUCGUGAACUGGAAAUAGAGUUUUCUCCCAUGUCCAGAGCAAAGUGCGGGGCGAGGGGCAGCUCUGCCCAGCCCUAACCCGGUUUUCCUGCCCAUUCCUGCUCGUGGCAGGUAACCCCCCUGCUGCUCUCUCGACCUGCAGCCCUGUACGGAUGUGGCUCCGGUUGGAAACGUCAGCAGCUCCCUGCAUCGCUGUAUUUUACAGGCACAAGCAGCUGGUUUGGGUUUGGUUUUUUUUUCCCCCCAAGCAAAAUGAGGUCCCGAUACUUCUUUUUGAGAAGAGACUCCUUACUGCCCUGUCCUUGUAUAUCUGUGAAGGAGCAGGGAGAGGCAAAGCCAGGCUUCGCUUGCCCACGGUUCGACUUACGUAUGUGUUUUUUUUCUUUCCCGAACAGACUGCUGAGGCUAGAGUAGACCCAUCUGUGUAUCCAUGGGCUUAAACCUUAAUUUUUCAGUAUUUUCCUACCAGUACUGCUGCAGGGAGUUACCGGAGGAACCUGCCGUGCCACGUUUGUUUUUUCUCCCAUUCCUCCGUGCAACCGGAGGGGAUUUCAUGGGACAAACCCAGCUCAUGAUGCUGCUCCUGCUCCGCAUCCCCCCCCGAAGAGGAGAACGCGGUCGGCCAGCGAAAGGUCCCAUCCGCCUCCGAGUUUGAGUGCAGUCUUCCCUCGUUAGCACAGCACGCAAGCGUCUGCUAACGAAUAUUGCCUAAUUGGAACAGGCUUCGGUCUUGCUUAGAGUAAGGACAGGGUCAGGUCUCGGCACUGCACAUCUCACCGCCACUCACAAAGUAAAAACCACAAGCAAAUACUUAUGUUGACACCGGAGAUGUUGUCACGCAGACAGGCGUUCACAGUAAUUGCUUGGCCUGAGCAGCAGCCCCUUACCGGGUUUUUUUAUUUACUAUUUUAUUUUAGCGUGUCACCAAAGGCAUCUUGCGGGUUAAGGGGGUUUUGCGUAGCGCUUCAUUUAGACAUGGUGCAGCCUUUGCCAAAGUCUUGGUGAGGUGUGAAAGCGUCUCGGUGCUAAAAUGAAUGUUCAGUUGCAAAUGCAUGUUUCUAGGAAUAAUUCUUUUGGUUGUAGGUACGUAAUGGAAGGGCUUAGUGAAAACAGCUUCUAGACUCGAAUGUGUGAAAGCAAUACAGCCAAGACUUGAUAAUCUGACUUUAUACCAAAGGUUUCUCCUCUUAAUUUGAUGUGAACUAAAUGAAGCAAAUAUCUCUUGAUUUUAAAAUGAGUUUUCUAAAAGCAUUUCUGGAGCUAAUUUGCUGGAUUUUUGGUGUAUUCUGCCCCAUUAACCCAAAGAAAUAAGAAUUUUCAGCGCACUAACCCCACCUGUAAAUUAUCACUGCUGUAGAGAGAUUGGAUUUCACUGCCUAAUGUACUGCUCUUCGUAAAAUACCUGUCUGCCCCAGGAUAAAUAGGAACAGAUCUUCUGGUCUUGAUCUGGAUCAAGCUGUUAGUCAAAUACUGCCUUACCCGAGGAACUCAAAUUUGAGAGUGGUAAUUGAGGCUUUUUGUGAAAAAGGGCUUCCGAAACAGAAAUAAGUCAUAAAAGUCAGGAAUAGCAGAUUGUCUUGCCAAGAUAUUAAAGAAAAACUCCCCUUGAGGAACUCGCCGGAAUAUGUCCCUUCUAGGGAAGGUCUUGCCUCCAAGUGAUGAAUUCUGGCUGUUAACUUGCGAUGAAACCACUGACGUUCGGGUCAGUCUACCAAGUAAUUCUGUAUUGCAUUUUGGGGACUUUGGGUUUUUUUUUUUUUAUACACAUAAGAAAAUGGUUAAUUUUAUCUAUUUUUGUAUAGUUUUGCAUUUUAUAUUCAUGGGGAAAUUUUAUGGACUGUUCUUUUACUUGUGUGCUUUGUCCUUUAAAGUGGUGUGGUUUACCGCUCUGAUGGAGAAAAGGCAAUUAUUGCUGCUGCUGCCACUGCCUGUGCAAUGCAAAGAAACCACCUCGCUCCUCGUAUCCUCCCGUAACGUGCUGUUCCACUUUAUAUACAGGGCCAGCUCUGAAACCCAGCAGCCGGUCCGUUACCAAUACACACGUUCUCUCUUUGCACACACCGCUGAGACGUCUUUGUUUUAAUACUGCUUUGUCACACUCGUCAACUGUUAUUUCUGGUUUUUAGGCUUCAUUUUUAAUCUGAAUUUGUGGACUUCGGUGAUUUCUCCCUGAAAGUAUUGUUGACCGUCUUUUAAACUAGAAAACCACAGAUUUCAGUUGGGGCUUUCCCUUCUGUAUGCUUAAAUUAUU